GAGCACCACAUAGCAGCUAGUGAAAGUUUGCACAACGCCACUGAUGUGCAUAUUUUUAGAAAAUUUUGCCAGCGAAUGAAAUACAUAAAUUGCAUUUUCCUGGGCUAUAAUAUAAGUGUUUUUAGUAGAUUUCAAGUUAUAGCCACAUAUAAACGUAUUAAUUUGUUAAGUUAACGGAAAAAUCAUCAUUGGUGCUACAAGGUGAGAUCGAAGAUUUUGAAUAUCCAUAUAUCUCGCAUAUCAGCUUAUAUGUACAUACAUAGUUACGUACAUAUAUACGCAAUUUAGGGUAUAUGAAUAUUGGUGUAUGUGUACGAUACGGCCGUUAUAUCAUAUUGGUUGCCAUCUGCGAUUUGGCAAAUGUUUUUGUUAGCGCCACACUGUCGUGAUAUCUCGUUUAAGUAUACCAAACAUGUCUGAUCGUAUGGGGCAUGGACGCGGUCCAUUUCAAACACCAUUGAUCAGCGCAACAUUUAGUAUAAACAAAUUAUGGAUUUGUGCACUUUUGGUGAUCUUUGUCUUUCCACAUACCUCAUAUGAAUUAUUUGAGUUUGGAGGCGUUGCCAAGAGUGGAAGUGUUGGAGCAACUGUGGACGCUAAUAAACCCAUAGGAAAGCGUCCAUUUGAGAAGAAAUUCAAAUUUCACAAAAUUGAACGUGUAUACUUCGAUGAAGCGGAAGGGCAAUACGACGAGGCCAGCGCUGGUGACGACGACGACAAAAACGACGACAUUGUUGACGAAAAUAUGAAAAGAAACGAAGACGACGACACAAGCCAAGCUAUGGAUGCUAGCGAGCAAACAACUGAGUCAGAAGAAUUGCCAUUCAAACGGGCGCGAACAGCUCAUAAGGAGCGGAGAAGUGCCACCUCCUCCUCCACAAAGUCGAAUGGCGAAAAGCGCUCAUCUAGCGAAAAGCGGAGAGACUCUACACAUGGUGAUAAAAGUGAAGAGUCACAAUCUGUUUUCGGCUCAUUAUUUGGUUCUCUCUUUGGUGGUGGGGCAAGCAGCAAUGAGAAACUAACAAGUGAGGAAGACAAAUCUGCUGAAAAAAAAGAGCCGUCAAACAGCAUUAUCGAUUGGCUAAAAUGGUUUAGUGAGAGAAAGGAAAAUGUUGAGAGCCAAGAGACUGCAGAAAAUGAAGAAGCAGAUGCGGAAACGUGGUUUUCCUAUCUGAAUCGUUGGCCAUUCAAUACACUCUUUAACAUUGGCAAACCUGAAAAACCUAUACGCAUGCCUAGAGGUGGUCGCGAGCCCAAGCAAAAAGCUGCUUCCGCAGAAGAUGGAGACGCAGAUGAGGCAACGCCGGUAAUGUCUCAGGAAAACUUCGAAACUGUGUUGCACACACUACCAAGUUUUGUCGUGAAUCCAGCGGAAGUAGACAACACCGAAUGUAGACAGCAAUUGCAAAUUUUUGGCAGGCAGUUGCGUGGCAAUAAAUUGUGGACUUUACAGAUGUUGGAUGCUACAGGCAAAAUCACAUCGGGAGUGUUGCGCGGCAACAUCAAUCAAUUCGGAGACUUUGAUCAGUGCAUGCAAGUGAAGACUGUGGUUAAGGUAACACCAGAAAUUCCGGUGCGCAUUCGAGGUAAAUACUGUCUCGCCCAUAUUGAAAUGCAGACCACAUCCAAAGAGCUUAAGGUACCCUUACAUUACGCACAAGGACGAGGCCUCUGGGGCAGUCAUUUCGGCAACCCCAGUCAUUUUGUUCCACGCUAUAGCAUCGCUAAUUGGGGUGUGUGCAUACCGCACCUUUGCAACGGCGAGGUUGUACAGAAAAUGCUUGAGUCGAACCUGCGACCCUACAAUACAACAGGUUUGGAAUUUCACGUGGAGGUCGACGAUGAUGACUGCUACACGCGAUCCAACGUUAAGUUGAUGAAACUAAUUAAAAAGGAUCCGAAAUUCACCACAACAAUUUCCUGCAUUUGUGGGCUCAUAACAUUGUGCAUGGGUUCACUUCUUUAUAAAUACUGCCGCAAUAUCAAAGACUGGAUUGUUAAGAAAAUGGAAAUUUCCAAAAACGAAUCAAAUGGCGAAACCGAAAGAAGUGAGGAUGACACAGAAGCAGUUACUGAGACCGAAGAUACAGAAGACAAUCGAGACUCUGAAAUUGGCAAGGAAGAAGAAUUGCCCGUUAGCUUGCUUCAGUCACUGAUGAACUUAUUGCAAGACAUCCUCAAUGCUUUCUCACCCCAACGUACUUUGUUUGAACUGCUUGGCAGUGACCACUUCGAAACGCAAUUCCCAAUCUUCAAUGUACUAAAAUUGGGUGCUUCGUUCGCUCUUUAUGUUUGCUUCAAGUACAUAAUGAUUGGUCAUCUGCCCAUCAUCAACCGUGAUAAACUAGUUCGGGCUUUGGACCAACCACAGAGCGUAUUGUUCCGAUCGCCACUGAUCUAUAUGGAUGUGCUCUUAAUGAUAAGCGGUUUCUUUGUGGCUUAUCAAUUGGCCGAAGAGAUCGAGCAAAAAACGCAUAUUCAAUUGCUGAAGCGUAUGGCUUUGAAAAUAUCACGCUAUUUGCCAACUUUGUAUGUGGUGCUGCUCUUCCAAACAUACGUGCUUCCACGGCUUGGCGCCGGUCCGCUUUGGAUGAACUUGGUUGGACAAAACACGCGCUUGUGUGAACAGCAAAUGUGGCGCAACCUUUUCAGUGUGCAGAAUGCAAUCGACUUUGAGGAUACGUGUUCACCCAUGACCAUACAAUUAGCUCUUGAAGUACAACUCUAUAUACUAGGUCCUUUGAUUGUGUGGCUCUAUCACACCGAUGCGGAUGCAGCCUUCUUCAUUUACGGCGCCCUCCACGUAAUGUCCGUGGCAGCACGUUAUUCUCGCACGCAAAACGAAUACUUGUCCGUGACUCUGUUCCAUGGAAUGAACAUAAGCAAGUUCUAUCGCACGGCUAAUAUGCUAUACUCCUCCCCAAUAAGUCGCGGAACGGCCUAUCUACUUGGCCUUGGCACCGGUCUAUUUCACCGUUCCCAAUCGGGAGUUAUAGAAAUCGCCAGUGAGCUUAAGCCUGUAGGGUGGUUGUGCGCUAUUUUGAGUUUGGUUUGGUGCUUCUGGGCCCCAUCGGUAGGCAUGCGCAGUGAUUUUGUUUACACAGCUGGAGAUGCGGCCUCCUAUGCUGCUUGGUGUCCUCUUAUACUUGGCUUAGGGCUGGCGUGGUGUAUCUUCAUGUUCCCAAGGGAUGAAAACUCUGUGCUGCGGUUUAUCACCACAAUGCGACCAGUAUUGUUCCUUUCGCGCAUAACGUUCCCCAUUCAAUUGAUGACAUAUGUCGUAGUGCUCUAUAACACUGCUAGUGUCACCGAGCCACGAAAAUAUCAUCUAACUGAUUUGGUAAACUUCAACGAGAUUGCUGUAAUUAUAGCCAGCGGGGGGGCAGUGGCCUUUUUAAUCGAUGUUCCAGCCCAACACUUACGAAAGAUUGUAAUUAAUCGGUUGUUUAUCGAACGCCAAGAGCGCGAGCAUGAUCACGAAACUGAACCCAGUUCGGGUGCUGAGGCUUCCGAACCAGAAGCUGAUGUCGAAGAUGAGUGCGAAGCCGAUGGCAAGGUAACAGAGAUCAGCGAAGAGCAGUCUAAAGAUGAUACAGCAGACAUUUGGGGUACUGAAGAUGUCACGGAAGAUUUGGCUGUAACGAAUAAUAGCAACGAAGAAAAUACAGUAGCGGAUGAGGAUGAAGAGAUUGAUGAUAAGGAAAUAGAAAUAUCGGAAGAAGACGAAGUAAAGAAGCGACCACUAAAAGACGAUAACGUAGAGAAAGACACAACAAGUUUUACACGAAGGCAACGACGAAUCAGCGAUGAUUAGAAGAAUACCCACAAUAAUGAUGGGAAUACGAUUAUGCUGCUUGUACAAAAAUUGGGAGCGGGAUUUUAGUCAGGAAUGUAUGUUUUAUGGAAGAACUGCAGUAAGGAAGCUGUUGAAUUUCCAUUCUUUCACCUAGUACAACUUAAUGGCGGCGUGACCAGAGGAAUUAUUGUUUACUUUUAAGCGAAUGAACAUGCAUACAAAUCACACAAGGAUAAAAGACAAUUCGAAGCCGGUUUCAAUUUAAUUACUGGAAAUUAAUUAAGAAAAAAAGUCGUACAUACAUACACACAUACAUCAUUUGCAAGUUCAUACAUACAUAUCUUUUACAUUAAUUUUCAGAUACUCGUACAUGGGUUCCCCUGAAUGUUGGAUACAUCGUUCAUUUCAUGAAAACUAUUUCUGCAUCUCUUGUAAUGAUUCCCAACUGAAUUAAAUUGUAUCAGCGCUUAACGACCCGACGACAAAUCAACCAUAGACAACACGAACCGAAACACGAAUCCGACAUCCUUUCAAAAGUGUUUAAUUGUUAUACAUCUAUUUAUUUAUACUAUAUAUAUUUACUUAUAAUUGUGUGCACAUUAGUCACAUAUAUUUAAAUACAAA